AUGCGAGUGUUCGCGGCUUUCGUUCUGUCUGCGCUGGCAGCCUCGCCGGCUGUUGCCCAGUCCUACACCAGCUCCGCCUCGACCGGUGCUGCUACGCCCUACCAGAUCCAGAGGCCGCCGCUCGACACGCCAUGGACCGGCGAGGUUGGGACGAACCCGUGGCCAGAGCACCCGCGGCCGCAGCUGCAGCGCGAGGCGUGGAAGAAUCUCAACGGAAUUUGGACCUACCAGGCGGCGGCCGCAUUUGCGCCUGAGAUCCCCGCGCUGCCCUCGACCCCGCUGAACCAGGAAGUCCUCAUUCCGUCGUGUAUCGAGAGCGGCCUGUCGGGCAUCCAGGACCUCAAUACGACCAACAUGUGGUUCGCGACGACCUUCACCGUUCCCAGGGACUGGCGCGGGCAGAACCUCCUGCUCAAUUUCGAGGCCGUCGACUACGAAGCCACCGUUUUCAUCAACGGCCAGGCUGCGGGAUUCCACCGCGGCGGCUACUUUCGCUUCACCAUUGACGCCACCAAAUAUGUUAAUUUCAAUGGCACCAACGAACUGCUCGUUUACGUGUUCGAUCCGACGGAUUCGCCCGGCUAUGUGAUUCCAAGGGGCAAGCAAACCCGAUCGCCCAGUCACAUCUUCUACAGGCCCUGCAGCGGCAUCUGGCAGACGGUGUGGCUCGAGCCCGUGCCAGCCCAGCAUAUUACCCGUCUGGACGUUGCGGCUGGCGCGGAUGGCGGCGUCAACGUCACCGUCUUCGGCUCCACCAAUCAGUCCAUAUCCGUCGACUUCUCCAUCACAGAGAACGGCCACGUCGUCGCCCAGGAAACAGGCCAGUGCGGCUCUUCGUUCAGCCUGAAAGUCGACUCGCCCAAGCUAUGGAGCCCGGACUCGCCCUCGCUUUACAAUAUCACCGUGCGCCUGGGAGACGAUGAGGUCAGCAGUUACACGGGCUUCCGCACCAUCACCACCGGUGUGAUUGACGGCGUGCGAAGGCCGCUGCUGAACGGCGAAUUCAUCUUCGAGUUCGGCACUCUCGACCAGGGAUACUGGCCCGAUGGCAUCUACACGCCUCCGACCCUCGAGGCCAUGGAGUUUGACCUCCACAUCUUGAAGGAUCUUGGCAUGAACAUGGUCCGCAAGCACAUCAAGGUCGAGCCCGAUCUCUUCUACCACUCCUGCGACAAGCUCGGUCUCCUUGUCAUCCAGGACAUGCCCAGCAUGCUUCUUGGUAGCGGCGAGCCGAACGCUGACCAGCAGAACGAGUGGGAGCGCCAACUUGGUAUCAUGGUCAACGAGCACAAGAGCUACACUUGCAUCGUCACUUGGGUCAUCUACAACGAGGGCUGGGGUCAGAUCACCAGCUACUACCCCGAGUUCCAGAUCGCCGACUGGAUCAGGGCCGCAGACCCGACCCGCCUCAUCGACGCCACCAGCGGCUGGUACGACCACGGCGCUGGUGACUUUUCGGACAACCAUCACUACGCCACGCCCCAGUGCGGCGCGCCGUUCUACUCCAUCCCGUCUUCCCCCUACGACCCCAACCGCAUCGGCUUCCAGGGCGAGUUCGGCGGUAUCGGGCACAACGUCUCCAUCGAGCAUCUGUGGAACGUCCAAGAAGCCAUCAACACGAUCAACCAGACGUACGAGAUCAGCGAGGACCUGGCCGCGUACAACUACCGCGCCCGCGUGCUGUUCAACGAGCUGGAGGACCAGGUCAAGAUGUACGCCUGCAGCGGCGCCGUGUGGACCCAGACGACCGACGUCGAGGGCGAGGUCAACGGCCUGGUCACCUACGACCGCCGCCUCGAGCGCGUCGACCGCCAGCAGUGGAAGGACGACAUCCAGUCUCUGUACGACGCGGCGGCUGGGCGUGGCGGGGCGAAUUAG